UUCACGUGUUGUACCGGAAAAAAGCAGUAAAAGGACCGUAGAAGAGGCUGUCUUGCGCCAUCAAACUUCUCCCUCUUUCUCUCUCUCUAAAACUUUUCUCGUCAUUCGUCUGUAAUUCUCUCUCUGCCUAUACACACACAUAUACAUAUAUCCUUUCGCUACAUCGAAGAAGAAGGUCCACCUAUGGCUUCUCCCUCCGAAGAGCGAAGAGACGAACCAGCGAAGGAAAUGGAACACAAGACCAAGGCCAUACAGUUCUUGGGACGCACCACUCCUAUCAUCCUUCAGAACGACAAUGGUCCCUGCCCUCUCCUCGCUAUCUGUAAUGUUCUUCUGUUAAAGAACAACUUGAAUUUGAGUCCAGACAUUGCAGAAGUAUCACAGGAGAAAUUGCUCUCACUUGUUGCGGAGCGGUUAAUUGAUUCAAACAGUAAUGUCGAUAACAAAGAUGCAGGGUAUGUUGAAAAUCAACAACAGAACAUUGCUGAUGCAAUUGAUUUGCUUCCUCGGCUUGCGACAGGAAUUGAUGUAAAUAUAAAAUUUAGGAGAAUUGAUGAUUUUGAGUUUACUCGUGAGUGUGCAAUAUUUGAUCUUUUGGACAUUCCACUGUAUCAUGGUUGGAUAGUUGAUCCCCAGGAUUAUGAUACUGCAAAUGCAAUUGGAACAAAGUCCUAUAAUACUCUCAUGGAGGAGCUUGUUGCCCUUGAAACAAGAAAUAUGGAGGGUGAACAAAAAAAGAAUUCUGAAGAAGAUUCUAUUGAUUUUGCUGCUGCAACAACUGCUACUCUAGGAGUUCCUUCUCCUUGCCUUUCAAGAGGUAUAUCUUUUGAUGAUUCUCUACUUGCUGUCGCUGAUCAUCAUAAAGUAAGGAAAGGAGAUAUGGAGGAAGAAGAGGAGUUGUUGAGAGCCUUGAAAAUGUCAGAGGACGAAUUGCCUACUUCGGUGAAUGAUUCACCUCCAGUGAAUACUAGUGGGCAAAACAUGUCUUUCAGUUCAAAUGAAAGUGCAUUUCUCAAGAAUUCUGAACCUGUAGUUCCUGUAGAAACAUUAGAAGGGUAUAGUGAGGCUGAAAACCAAAAGUCUUUUCUGCUUGAUUUAUCCUUAUCCCAUGAUUGCAGUGCCUUGAGCAAUUCGAGUAAUGAGGUGAUAACUCAUGAAGCAGUUCCAAGGGAAGCUGGUUGUGCAAAAAAUGAUCAAGUAAGUGACAUUGAUCAAUCAACUUCUGAUGAAUCUGGAAAAUGUGUAAAAUCUAAAGAUAUAGUUGAAAAAAGCAGUGUUGAUGUUUUGGUCCAGAAUGAGAUUGCACCUUCUGACUCUUUUGGACAGGAUACUUCAUCUGCUUGUGAAAACCAUAUGCUUGAAUCUAGAGGAGAUGAAGAAAGUCAGAAGCAAUCCACUUCCACAUCUGAUAUGCAUGUGCCAGAAGAUAAUAAACAUGGUUGUGACACAGCAGAACUUUCUAGUUUAUCUGCACCAGGUGCAGAUUUAGAUUCAUCCAGCGGCAGAAGGCAACAUACAGAUGUUCCUGAUGCUUUUACUUCAAGUGCUGAAGGCAGUGAGCCCAUUUAUGAAGGGGAGGAAUGCAUAUUGGAAUCAAGAACCACAAUUUAUGAAGACCGAGAACCUAUGUAUGAAGGCGAGGUGGUUCUUGCAGAACAAGUGGACAAAGGUACUGGAGAUGCCUAUGAUGCAAGGUCCAAGGAUGAAAUUUCUCCAAGACAAGGGGAACUGAUCAGGGAUUUUUUGAAGAACAAUGCUAGUCAGUUGACCAUCCAUGGCCUAUUUUCCUUACAAGAUGGUCUGAAAGAACGUGAGCUUUGUGUCUUUUUCCGCAAUAAUCACUUCAACACCAUGUUUAAGUAUGAUGGUGAAUUGUAUAUCUUGGCUACUGACCAAGGUUACAUAAAUCAGCCUGAUUUGGUGUGGGAAAAGCUAAAUGAGGUCAAUGGAGAUACAUUGUUCAUGACUGGUAAUUUUAAGGAAUUCAAGGUGGAAAACCAUGCCAACAAUACAUGGGAUGAACAAAAUGCAAUGGAAUAUCUUGCCAGUAUGGACAAUUCAGCAGAUGUCAAUUCAAGUUUCAAUUCUGAUCUGCAAUUGGCAAUGGCUCUUCAACAACAGGAGUUUGAACAACAGCCACAGCGUAAUGUGGAGCAACCAACUGUAAGUAGCAGUUCAAGGCUGGUCACAGGACCCCAG